AAGCCACAGUUGGCUAGCCAACGUGGAAGCAAUAACGGAACCUGCUCUUGCACCCUUGCAAGCCUUUGUGGACGGUUCCCUGCAAAUUUUCAAAGCUAGUCCAAGUUUCUGUUUGCACUGACAGAGUUGUAGACAGCCAGCCGUGCUCCUGCAGCUUUUUUGAGUGUAGCAGAACUGUCAUCGGAUAUGCAAAGAUGAGGUCUGUGCUCUACCUAUUAACUGUGUUGGUUCUAUCAGCCUCAAGGGCUCAUGGGCAGUGUGUUGUAAACGAUUACUAUCGCUUGAGUGUUUCUGAUGCCGGAGAUGGUCGAGAGACAUCUGUUGGAGCGUUGUGUCCAAACCCCCCGAGAAAUGACCUGACAAGGCAGUAUGUCGACGGUGUUGGUGAUAUUGGUCCCCGUGUCUUUUUUUCUGCACUUACAGAAGAUUUAGUAAACUUCAAUAGUCCAUUUUGCCUGGCAUUCACCAUGCUAACCACCAACUCAUCGAAUUCGGCACCACUAAUGUCGAUCGUUAGCGCGUCCUCUGCAGAACCCGUGUUUUCAGUCGUUAUUGAUAGUAAUGGUGUGACCCUAACUCUCGGUACGUCCAGCGUUACUUUUCCUGCUCCACAGUUUGCAGACGGUAACUCACAACAGCUGCAGAUUUGUACUGAUGGCACUAUGGCAACUCUUUAUUCUAACUGUGGGAGCCUAGGCAGCCUUCCAUUCUCUGGAUCCAGUACUGCUGAUUUUAACAACGCUAUUUUGUUCGUAUUGAGGAGUGUCACUACCGAAGAUGUUUUUGAGGGAAGAGUACAACAAUUGUAUGUAGUGCAGUGUCCUAAUACUGCUCAACAAAGCAUAGCCAAUGGUCAGUGUGCCGUUCUUCCAAGAGAUUGUACUCAAGCCACUCAGAAUAUUGAUCAAACCUUUGCUGCAAUUGGUCAAAUUACUACUCCUACUGUAGCUCCUCCUACGGGUAUUGUAUUUCCUGUGAAAGGGGAGAAAGGAGAAAGGGGAGAACCUGGUGAAUCCGUAUUUGGACCUCCAGGUGUUCCAGGAGGGCAGGGGGGUGAUGGACGUGCGGGCCGAAGAGGACCUCCUGGUGUGCCCGGCGUAUCUGGAAAGAAAGGACCAAGGGGAGAUCCCGGUCUCCCUGGACUGCCUGGUGUGCAAGGACCACCUGGACCACCCGGACAAGCAUUCUAUCUUGAUGGCGGCCCGGAAGCCGACGGUGCUGGUAACGGAGGAGACCCUUACAAAGGACCUAUUGCCACCUGUACACCUGGAGAAGUUGGACCUCGUGGCCCACCUGGCCCUCAGGGACCAAGAGGACCACACGGAAGUGAUGGCUCAGAAGGAGCUCAGGGAACACCUGGAGAUAGAGGACCACCAGGGUCUGUAGGAGCCACUGGCCCACCUGGACCAAGAGGUAACGAUGGGGAGAGAGGUUCACCCGGAUCCCCCGGUCAGCAUGGACCUAGAGGACCCUCUGGGGAGAAGGGAGACCAUGGACUUUCUGGACAACAAGGAUUUCAGGGAGAAAAGGGACCAACUGGUCAACCCGGCCCUCGUGGAAUAGCUGGUAAAGACGGAGAUGACGGAGAAGGUGGUCAGCCUGGAGACCCUGGAGAGCUCGGACCAUCGGGAAAUCCUGGACCACAAGGACCACAGGGAUCUCCCGGAGAGAACGGACCACCUGGACCACCUGGUCCAACUGGAGUGACUGGCGAGUCUGGUGGCAAGGGAUCGAGAGGUCCCCCCGGAUCCCAUGGCUUCCCUGGACAGAGGGGGCAAGCUGGAUCACCCGGUCGCGAUGGAGUACCUGGAGCUCAAGGGCCCCAAGGCUCUGACGGUGCCUCAGGUGCUAAUGGAGACGUCGGACCCACAGGACCAGAAGGACCACCAGGCCACUCUGGUUCUGAAGGACCCUCUGGACAGAAGGGAGUCUCUGGUACACCUGGACCACCCGGACCACCAGGACAACCUGGAUCGCAAGGAGAACAAGGAGACUUUGGACCAAUCGGUUCUGCCGGAUCAAAAGGAGAGAGGGGUCACGAUGGACUCCCAGGAGCGAGAGGACCACCAGGAGAUCAAGGACCAAUUGGUUUGGUUGGACCAGCAGGUACUGCCGGACAUGACGGAGAUGAUGGCCCACAGGGAUCCCCUGGUCUCUCUGGUAACGAAGGUAGCCAGGGACAACCUGGACAACGGGGUCCACAAGGAUCACGUGGUUUAAACGGAUAUCCUGGUUCUGCUGGAGCCAAGGGUAACGCUGGCAACCCUGGUAGUAGGGGAUUGUCUGGACCUAAGGGAAAGAGGGGAACACCUGGCUUCCCCGGAGAAUCAGGAAUAACUGGAUCUAGAGGAUCAAUUGGAGCUCGUGGAUUACCUGGAGCACCUGGAAGAACUGGCGUCAAGGGAGACAGAGGAGGCGAGGGACCAUCAGGAGCUCCUGGUGACCCGGGUUUUGUUGGAGAGCCUGGAGUGAGAGGAUCCUCUGGACCAACUGGAGAAGCUGGAUCUCCCGGGUCUGAUGGUGCUCCUGGGUUCCCUGGUGCACCUGGUGAGCCAGGCCAGCCUGGAACAGACGGUACCCCCGGUAUCACUGGCACAAGGGGAGAGAAAGGAGAUUCCGGAGAUAGAGGACCUUCCGGCGACUCCGGGGUACCUGGAGUGCCUGGGGCACGAGGAGAAGUUGGUACACCUGGAGCAGACGGCCGAGAUGGAGAGUCUGGACCUACAGGAGCAGCAGGAUUGCCUGGCCCAACCGGCCCUCAGGGCGAGCGUGGCCCCAGGGGAGAGCAGGGAAUUAGAGGAUCACAAGGAGAUAUCGGACCCCAGGGUCCAUCUGGACAGGCUGGCUCUAACGGCAACCCAGGAGCAGGUGGUCCCCCUGGUCUGCCAGGACCUCCAGGAUCAGCUGGAAAUCCAGGUAACCCCGGAUCAUCUGGUCAGCCCGGUCAGUCUGGUUCUCCUGGCGAGCCUGGAGAGAGAGGAGAUCGUGGAGACCCUGGCGAUGAUGGACAACCUGGAGUCUCUGGACCUACUGGUGCUGCUGGGGACCCCGGAGAUCAAGGUCCCGAGGGGCCUAAAGGAGAGGACGGCCCGGCAGGACAACAAGGAGCAGCUGGAGGGAGAGGAGAACCCGGUGCAUCAGGAGAGAGAGGACAACCCGGAGCUCCAGGAGCUGACGGAUCACCUGGUGACCGUGGUGACGCAGGUUCAAACGGUGCUAAGGGAGACAAUGGUAACAAAGGAGAUCGAGGCUCUCGUGGCUUCAAUGGACAGGACGGACAACCUGGAGCGUUCGGAGCCCCUGGAGAGCGUGGUGAGAAGGGAGAGACUGGAGACAGAGGACUACUGGGAGCCCAAGGUUCCCCCGGUCUACAAGGACCAAGAGGACCACCUGGAGACACAGGUCCAGCUGGCGUUGCCGGUCCAUCUGGCUCUCCUGGUGUGAGAGGAUCUAAGGGAGAUCAAGGUCAAAACGGACCACAAGGUCCUGCUGGAACACCUGGAGAUAAGGGAGACGGAGGACAGCCCGGAUCAUCUGGACCCCCCGGAACACCCGGCCCCCCUGGUUCCCCUGGAGACCCCGGAGCAUCCGGUCUGCCCGGAGAGACUGGCCCACCAGGUCAAGUUGGAGCCCCAGGAUCCUCAGGCCCUCAGGGACCAGCUGGCGGUCCCGGUGCUGACGGUGCAGACGGAGAGGAUGGUGUCAACGGUUCCCCCGGAGCUACAGGAAAUACCGGACCAGCUGGUCCAAUUGGCCCCCCUGGAGACCCAGGACCCCCCGGACCCCCUGGCCCUACUGGUACCCUCGGACCCAAGGGCUCACAGGGAGAGAAGGGAGCACAAGGCACAGUCGGUAUCAGGGGUCAACAAGGACCCGCUGGAUCACAAGGAGAGCCAGGACCCGUCGGAUCAUCUGGACCCCCUGGUGCUGUUGGAUCUACUGGUGAAGUUGGUCUUCCUGGUAAUGAUGGUCCAGCUGGAGAAGUCGGACCACCUGGUGCACCAGGUUCUUCCGGAGCUCAAGGUUCGCUGGGAGAGAAGGGAGAGCAAGGGCCUCGAGGCAACAAGGGGCCUCAGGGAGACAGGGGAGACACAGGAGACAGUGGUGCUAUUGGCAGAUCAGGACCCCCAGGACCAGCUGGCCCCAAGGGAAACAGAGGAGACACUGGCCCAAAUGGUGUGGACGGAACACACGGCCCAUCAGGUCCCCCCGGAUUGCAAGGACCAAGAGGAGAGAAGGGAGACAUUGGAGUACCUGGACCGAAUGGUCCAAAAGGAGAGAGAGGACCACCAGGACAAUCCAUUUCAUACCCUGUUGGAUCUGAUACCGCUCCUCCUGUCGACCUGAAGAAGGGAACGUUCUACCUCAGCAAUAAAAACCCAGACAAGUUAGUCCAUGAAGGCAUCUUUACCGUCUUCAACGAGAUCGAUCUUGUCAAGAACGAGCUCAACGCAAUGCUCAGACCCAACGGUAGCCAACAAGCUCCGGCACGAAGCUGUCACGACCUCUUCUUGUGUAAUCCACAACUCAAAGAAGGGUACUACUGGAUUGACCCCAACCUCGGCAGUCCAUCAGAUGCUGUGCAGCUGUACUGUAUGAAGCCCGGCUGCUCGUGUCUCGACUGCAAGUCCACCAGCCAGCAGUCAGGCAACAAGGGACAAAUGUUCAGCGAGCAGGGAGAACAGCUCUCCUGUCCUGUCACAACCAGUCAGCUUGUGCUUCUGAGGCUAUUAAGCAGCUAUGCCCACCAGGUGUUCUCGCUGCAAUACUCCACCCCCUCUAAAGACCUACAGCUGAUCUCCGCCACUGGGGAAGUAUUCACUAGCGAGCACAUCACAAUCGAUCAAUUAAGCACAAGGACAGACCUGAAAAUGGAAGGAGACCCAGAACUGUUCCCAUUGGACGACUUUGUAGCACAUGAAGACAAGUUUGGAUUUGAACUAGGCCGUGCCUGUUUCUGCGACAAACCUUAAAAAGAGACUCAUAUGUUCACUCUUCUACAUCAUGACACUAUGUAUUAGUCUAGGGUGCAGUUUAAAGGUUUAGAAUUCUGUUUUCUGUGUAACUAUAGUUCCUUUGUUUGUAUCUUUUUGAGUGUUAUAAGUGUCAGUGCAUGUAUAGGGAAACGUCCGUAUGUGCGCCAACCCAGAACUAAUUCUAAACUGUAUAAUAUACGACUAUUCAACAUAUUUUGAAACUGUACACUUUAAUUGCUCAAGUUUUGUUGUGCGUCACUUCUCGAUCUGUUCUUAUAUGAUUUUAUCGAGUAUUAA